AUGGCUGACUCUGUCCACUUACCGAGCAGUUUUCAGUCUCGUGAGUCUUCGCUGGGUCGAAGGUCAAAGAGACGCCUUAAUCCCAUAAUAGAAGAAGACUACGAUGACGGCCACGUUCAGAAUGCAACGAUGGAGCAACAACGGAGACGUGGGGAUGCUUCACUUCUGAAGAUCGAAGCCUGGCUGUCACCGAUGAGCGAUCACUUUCCAACUCCCCGGGGAAUUCACUAUCUUUCCGCUCCCGUCCUUCCGUCGUCGCCGUCAACGGCAUCAAGAGAUGGCAGUUCUCCUACAACCUCGUCGAAUAUGUGGAAUCGAGCCAGCAUCGGCACCGAGAACACUGAUUUCGAGGACCUCUAUGAUGUGUCCGAGGACGAAGAUGGGAAUGGCACGUCACGAUGCUAUCAGCAAACGUCUGCCGACCGAGCGAUGAACCAGCAGCAGCCAUUGUCGAGACAGCCUGCUCGUCUUCGGAUCGCAACAAAUCAGGAUGAGCCCGAUGAAUCGUGGCCUGCAGUCAACGAGUUCAAGAAGAAUACAUCGCCAGUGCCGCUGACUCCAUUGGCUCAGCUGCCCAUGUCUCCGGCUCAGAUGAACUUUAUUGGAAAGCAGCAAGCGCUUGAAAUACCAACCAUUUCCGCACCGCCGUCUCUCGAUGGCAGUCUGUCGUCUGAGCAGCUUGCCGCAUUGAGCGCACCACCAACACCAGUCACUGGACACGACGAACACAAAGCGGAAGAGGCCUGGGCCGGCGUCCACCUUCAACCCGACGCUCUCGCAACGCUUCAAGCUCUGUCAGGGGAUGACGAAGGAGAAGGGCAAGAAUUGCACGAGCGCCCCGUACAGGUACUCGACGUUUCCAUGCACCCAGUCGCCGAGAUGCAACAGCAGCCUUUGCGCUUGCUCACCGGCGUCGCAACUCGUGCGGCUCACAACAUCGUCCAUUCGCCAAAUCUGGCCCGACAAUCUCUUGCCGGCUUGACAAGACUGAGUAUUCCCUCUCCUGGCGGGUUCUUUUCCGGGCUGUCUCCUCGAAGUAGAAAUACCUGGCAUCUGCCCAGCAAGUCGCCAGUGGACAUGCCACCGCCAACCUCCACCACUGCUGAGCAAUUUUAUCGAUGCCCCUGGAACGUCAAUUCUUCUGUUCCCCCGCUGCCAAAACGUCCCGAUUCUGCAGAAGCAUUCUACAGGGGCGUUAGUCUAUCCUCAGAACCUGUUGAGCAGGUCAUCCAGGUUCAAGACGAUGACGACAUGACAGAGGGCAUGCCUACUGCUAGGCUCGUGAUUCCACGUCAAGAGUCCAACGAGUCUCGAGAGACCACUGCCAAGGUUGUCGAGGAGACACCAGUCGAGAUUAUUGUCGACUAUGAUCCCGACUAUGCUAGGAAGCAGCAAAAAGAAGCGUUGUCCAACUUGGAUCGCACGGAACUGUGGCUAAUGGCGCAGAGGGCUUACCUCAAGGGCGUAGAGGGAGGGCUCGACAAUAACGCUGCUCUCAAAACCAUUGAGGAGUUGCCUGGGGAGGAUGGCGAGGAGAAUGACGAGAAAUCCAAGCCGGAAUCUGAACCUGAGCAAGGGGGGGAAGUCAAAAGAAAGGUUGUUCGGUUCUCCAAUGUUAUUCCAACGUCUUGGGAGCCCAAGCGCCUGCCCUCCAAGCUGCUGCGACAGGAAUCAGCUUAUUACCGAGCUUUCCAGGAUUACAUUGUACGCACACGUCUUCAAGAUGUGUUUGUCCAGCAGCUUUGUCGCUUCGAGGCAGUCCAGGCUCAGCGCGCAGCACUUCGCGACACCCACCGCAACCAGCUUCUCGGCAAAUAUCAGCUCAGCGUCGUCCCGCAGUCAGCCAAGCACCGACUCAGCGCCAACGUCGCUCGAGGCGACGACAUGCUGACUGACGACCCUGAAAGGCUGCGCAGGGAGAAGGAGUUGGAGGCCAUGAAUCAAAUGACCAUCCCGACCUGGCACGUUGCUGCCCUCAAGUUCCUCAACGGCGGCCGCCUCAUCUCGGCGCCCGUGACCAAAAGACUGGCUCGACUUUCCCAUCUCACUGCCCCAGGCAAAAACGGCGCUGGUCACGACCGUUCUAGGAUUCUCGAUCUCGGCGGGCAGUCAACGUGCGAUUGGGCAUGGCACUGCGCGCUUCAGUAUCCAAACGCCAAGGUUUACACCGUGACGACCAAGGCGAUUCGCCAGCUCUCAAACUCCAACAUUCGCGGACCCCCCAACCACCGCCAGGUUGCGGUAAAGCGUCUUUGCAAGCUUCCCUUUGCAGAUGGUCAGUUUGACUUGAUUUCCGCCCGCGAGCUUCAUGGCAUCCUCAAGUUUGUGGGCGAAAACGGGGAGGACGAAUGGGAGAGCUGCCUCCACGAGUGCAUGCGAGUGCUCAAGCCCGGCGGCUACUUGGAGUUUUCUGUCAUGGACUCGGAUAUCAUGAAUGCCGGACCGCUCGGUCGUGCCAAGAGUGUAGAGUUUGGAUUUUCACUCAAGACUCUCGGUUACGAUCCAAGCCCGACGAAGCUGUGGCUCGGCCGACUGGCUCGCGCAGGGUUUGAUGAUGUUCGCCGGGCUUGGGUCUGCCUCCCCGUCGGUGCCAGGAAGAAGACGAGCAUUGCACCAACACCACCGUUCGAGGGCGACGUCUCGAUCAGCAGUGGCAAAGUUUGUCAGAUGGACGCCAUGGUCACGGGCAGCAGUGACAAUAUUGCCAAUGUCUGCAGCGUUGUUGGCGGGUGGAGCUGGGAGCGAUGGCUACUCCGAUGCGAGAUGGAAAAGGUCGGGGGAGAGAUGCGCCUGGCUGACACUGUAACGACUGGAGCGGCCAUGAAGGAAGCAGGCAAAUGUCUGGAUGGGGUGCACGCAGUAAUGGAGGAGGGAAGAAGUUGUAGGGCUGGUUUCCGGAUGCUCAACGGGUGGGCGCGGAAGCCCAAGAGAUGCCGCGAUGUGAUCCAGAUUGCAUUUGCGCACUGA